UGUUCUGUGUUCAUGGCUGACCAGUCAGAUGAAUGGAGGACCUCCCACAUCUGGAGUGGAUCCCUCCCAGAACCAGGGACAAUGGCAACAUUUACUUUGGAGAACGCCUCCCUCUGCAUGUCAGAACAAGCCCAACACAGCUCCAGCCACCAUCCAGACGAACUCCAGCUAUGGACAAGAUCCAGAUGACUUCAUGGACUGGACGGAGGGCCCCCAGAAGGAUAAGAACAAAAUUGGUCAAUGGCAGAAUAAAUACCCCUGUCGUCAGGUUGAGGAACCUAUGGACGUUGAUGUUGUGGGCAACAAACAUUUACCUCCAAAUAGGCCUCUCUCUGCAAGUCAGAACCAGCCCAACACAGCUCCAGCCGCCAUCCAGAAUAAGUCUUGCUAUGGACAAGGUCAAGAUGACUUCAUGGACUGGACAGAGGGCCCCCAGAAGGAUAAGAAGAAAAUGGGUCUAUGGGAGAAUAAAUACCCCUGUCAUCAGGAUGAGCAACCUAUGGACGUUGAUGUUGUGGACCACAAACAUUUACUUCCAAAUAGGCCUCUCUCUGCAAGUCAGAACCAGCCCAAUACAGCUCCAGCCACUAUCCAGAAAAAGCCCUGCUAUGGACAAGAUCCAGAUAACUUCAUGGACUGGACAGAGGGCCCACAGAAGGAUAAUAUGAAAAUCGGUCUAUGGCAGAAUAAAUACCCCUGUCGUCAGGUUGAGCAACCUAUGGAUAUUGAUGUGGACAACAAUCAAUCAAGAUUAAGUAGCAAAAACACAGUGAGUCCAAGCCAAUCAGCUGGUACAACCAAAACAACCGUCUGGCGCCGCUCAUCAAAAGCAGCUACUCGUUGGUCAUUCUCACAUCAGAACAAAGUGAAAUGUUGGCCAUACAGUCAGACAACCCGUAUCCAGGCAACCAGGCAACAGACACCAAAUGUCACGGCCUGAUUCCUUCUGAAACCCUGCCUGUCCCAGACAACGUACCUGCCUGCCGCCCAUCUGUCUCUCAAGCUCAUCGAUCUGGUACCGAACCUCUGCCUGUCCUCAACCACAUACCUGCCUGCCGCCCAUCUGUCCCUCAAGCUCAUCGAUGGUGUACCGAACCUCUGCCUGACCUCGACCACAUACCUGUCUGCCGCCUGUCUGUCCCUCAAGCUCAUCAAUGGUGUACCGAACCUCUGCCUGACCUCGACCACAUACCUGCCUGCCGCCCGUCUGUCCCUCAAGCUCAUCGAUCGUGUACCAAACCUCAGCCUGUCCUCGACCACAUACCUGCCUGCUGGCCGUCUAAAUAAACACUCCAUUUUGGCAUGUA